CGGAAGCAGGCGCUGGGGGCGGGCUCCGUGGAUUUGGAGACCGGAGCGCUCAUGGAAGUGGUUAGAUGCUCGGAGCACGGGAGCGUCUGCUUUCUCAAGACCGGCGUCCGUGAUGGCCCGAAUAAAGGAAAGAGCUUCUACGUGUGCCCGGCUAAUACCUGCAGCUACGUGCUGGCCGCCGAUAUUCCUGUUUCUCAUUGUUUAUUGCAUGAGGACUGUGUGGUAGGGCUUCAGGGUUUGCUUCUACUGCCAGGCAAGGAAGAAUAUAGAUUGUUCUUCCAGUGCGUUAGAAGUAAGGCGGCGGGGAAGCAAUGGUGCGGAAGUAUCCCGUGGCAGGAGCCUUGUUCCAGAGAACAUUCUGUAACCAACAAGUCUCAGCAUGCCUCGGAGCCUCUUCAUUGUCUUUCCACCCAGCAGAGAAACCCUUUCAAGGUGCUGGACAAGAAUCAAGCACCAUCUCUCUGGAAGCAGUUCAGCAAAGGUGAAUGUGAGGAAAAGGUGGCUGAUAAGCCGAAGGAAAAGGGAGAUGGGCUCGUGGAUCAAAAGAAAGAACGGAAGCCUGAAUCCAACUGCUGGAUGAAGAAAGAUCUCUCUUCUGGCCUGGUGGAGGGAAUGAAGAAGCAGCCUAUACCUCAAGAGCAGCAGCGAGGGGAGAAGGCGGAGUUUCAGCAUGAAGCCAAGGAGAGGGAAGGGACGCACACAAGAAACCUUUCUGAGGUUAAAUCCAAGCAGUGCCAUGGUGAGGAGCCGAGAAAACCAUGUGGGUCUCUUCGGGAGAAGUCACACGUUGAGAGUCAUCAUGUCCAAAAAACGUCAGAGCCUCUGAGGGAAAAAGGAACCAAUCCUUUGCCUGGGAUUAUUCACAGUCAGAACCCAGUAAGCAAGCCCCAGAAAGAAGAACAGGUCAGCAAAGAGCACCCCAAGAGCCAGGAGGUGAGAGAAACAAAGGCAAGGGAUGGUUCAUGCUCUCAGACCACCCGACAGUCGGAGCCUGGGCACGGGCCUGCUCCGGGAGGACCAGCCGCACGGUGUGCACCACUGGCCACGGUCCGCUCCCCAGGACAGAGGCCAGAGGCGGCCUCCAGUUGUGGUGACCGUGAGGAGAAUAAUGCCGUUUUCACUUCCUCUAAGCCUCCCUUGUUCUUUGACUCGACUCCGGACUCACAGAAGGAGGAGAGCCUCCCGUUCCCUGGUCAGAGUGUGCAAACAAAAACAUCUGCCUCAGGUGUUUCCAGGAAGGCGGAGUCUUCAGAUCCAGCAGCCCAACGUGUGUACCUCACAACACAACUGAAGCAAAAGAAGAGCACACUGAAGUCAGUGAACAUCCAGGCUCUUCCAGACAAGGGUCAGAAGUUGCUCAAGCAGAUUCAGGAGUUAGAGGAAGCCCUUGGUGCUCUUGCCCUCUCCCCAGAGCCAGACGCCAAUGAGAAGAGUAACACUCCAGUGCCGCAACAGAGAAACUUCAGCAAAUCUACCACUGAGUCCCUUCCCUGGGUGCCUCCCCAGCCCCUGCAGGGUCAGGGUCUCGAGCCUCUGGGUUCUCAAGGAUGGAAGGCUGCCUUCCCAGCAGUUGCUGGGGGAUCCAGUCAUGGCUAUGGUGGCCCUGCACAGGAUGGCCCUCAUGCUACGUGGAGAAUCAUCAGUAAAGCCAUCGAUGAACUGCACGCGUCACUGGAGUCGCGGCCGGGAGAGACAGCCAUGGCGGAGGACCCAGCCGGGCUGAAGGUCCCUUUGCUACCACACCAGAAGCAGGCAUUGGCCUGGUUGUCAUGGCGGGAAAGUCAGAAGCCACACGGAGGAAUUCUGGCGGAUGAUAUGGGAUUAGGGAAAACCCUGACGAUGAUUGCACUCAUCCUGUCCCAGAAGAAUCAAGAGAAGAACAAAGAAGAGGACAAAAACACAGCCUUGACUUGGCUUUCCAGAGAUGACUCCUGUGAGUUCACUUCCCGUGGAACGCUGAUCAUCUGUCCUGCCUCCCUGAUCCAUCACUGGAAAAAUGAGGUGAUGAAACGUGUGAGCAACAACAUGCUAAGAGUCUGUCUCUAUCACGGGCCCAAUCGGGAUCAACGUGCAAAAGUCCUCUCUACAUAUGACAUCGUGAUCACUACCUAUAGCCUUCUGGCCAAGGAAAUUCCUACACAGAAAGAAGAGGGAGUGACCCCCAGUGCAAACCCUAGUGUGGGGAAGGAUACUGCAAAAACACCUUUGCUUCGAAUAGUCUGGGCUCGAAUCAUACUAGAUGAAGCUCACUGUGUGAAGAAUCCGCGAGUUCAGACUUCCAUGGCUGUGUGCAGGCUCCAGGCUCAGGCCCGUUGGGCUGUCACUGGAACCCCCAUUCAGAACACCUUGUUGGACAUGUAUUCACUGCUGAAAUUUCUCCGUUGUUCUCCAUUUGAUGAUUUCCGACUGUGGAAGAGCCAGGUUGACAAUGGUUCAAAGAAAGGAGGAGAACGGUUAAGUAUUUUAACCAAGAGCCUUUUGCUGAGGAGAACAAAAGACCAGCUGGACUCCACUGGCCAGCCCUUGGUGAUGCUGCCCCAACGUAAAUUUCAAGUGCACCAUUUAAAGCUUUCUGAAGAUGAAGAGAAUGUUUACAGUGUCCUUUUGGCAAGAUCAAGGUCAGCUCUGCGAUCCUAUCUAAGAGGGCAGGAAGGUGGGGGCAGCCAGUCUGGAAGAAGCCCUGAUAAUCCAUUCAGUAAAGUGGCCCAGGAGUUUGCAUCCACUGGGCCUGGGCCCCAGGUGGCGGCAAGCUUGCCAAGAUCCAGCACCCCCCACGUACUGUUGACCCAGUUGCUGAGACUUCGCCAGUGUUGCUGUCACCUGUCUCUGCUGAAGUCGGCCCUGGACCCAGCAGAACUGAAAAGCGAGGACCUCGCCCUUUCUCUGGAAGAGCAGCUCAGUGCCAUGACAUUGUCUGAACUCUGUGACAGGGAGGCAUCUCCCAUCAUUUCCCUUAACGGUGAACAGUUCAAGGCAGAGCUUUUUGAGAACACAAGGGCGAGCAGCAAGAUUACAUCUCUGUUGGUGGAAUUGGAGGCAAUCCGAGGAAAUUCAGGGUCCCAGAAGAGUGUCGUGGUCUCCCAGUGGACCAGCAUGCUGCAGGUCGUAGCGAGGCACCUUCAGAGGCACGGCCUGACUUACGCCACCAUUGAUGGUUCUGUCAGCCCCAAACAGAGGAUGGACUUGGUGGAGGCCUUUAACAGCUCCAGGGGUCCCCAGGUUAUGCUAAUAUCUCUCUCGGCUGGAGGUGUGGGUCUAAACCUGACUGGAGGAAACCACCUUUUUCUUCUGGACAUGCACUGGAAUCCAUCACUUGAAGACCAGGCCUGUGACCGAAUUUACCGUGUCGGGCAGCAGAAAGAUGUUGUUGUGCACAAAUUUAUUUGUGAGGGAACAGUAGAAGAGAAGAUCUUAGACCUCCAAGAGAAGAAGAAAACUUUGGCCAAACAGGUCCUAUCAGGAUCUGGCACAUCUGUCAAGAAGCUCACUCUGGCUGACCUCAAAGUCCUUUUUGGCAUCUAACUUUUCUAGGGCUCAGGGUCGUACCGCUGCAGGUUUGUGGUAGAGUCUGGAACAGUGACCUGAGAUAAGCCCUCCUCGGCUUCUCAUUUUACUGGCAAGUGCCUGGCCCUCCGCAGUAGGAGCCGCCAUCUUAUCCAAGGAAUUGGAUGCCAGUGAUCACAUUAAACACUUGGGUCGUCAGGUCGAUCAGUCAACUUAUUUAAGAGUAACCUAGAAACCAAAGAGUUACUUCAGAAAAAAGAAUGUGCCUUAGAGUUAGAUAAUUUUGGAAAACAACACCAGGGGAGUUGUUACAAAAGCCUCAGUACAAACUCAGAAAGCCCUCCGUUGCCUUGUUCUUCUCAGCUCACGGGAGACCAGUGUGACUGCCCGCUCCGGUGCUGGCCCUCCCUCUCUCUUACCAGUGAGGCUGGUAACAUGUCUCAGGGCAGGGCGGAGAGUGGACCCGGAGGCCGGGCCUCUGCAGCUGUCUCUGGCCAGACAGUUCUGCCACACCAGCUUCAGGGCAAGGAGGUGCGUCAUCCAUGAACAGAUGUCUGGUUUGGGUAUUCUUGAACCAUCCAGUGUUUGUUCUUGUUUCAUUCGUGGUGUUCCAUAAUUUCCCGUUGCUAGAGUAUCAUGUGCUGCUUGUGAAACACAGUUGACUACGCAGCAUCUCUCCAGUACAGGCAGACCUCCCUUCGUCACGCCUUGCCGACACCGCAUUUCUUACGACAGCGCCGGCUCAUUUUGUGGCUGUGUCCCAUUCUGGUAAUUUCACAGUGUUUGAGGCUUCUUCAUCAUUAUUAUAUUUGAAUUGCCACGAUCUCAUGAUGAAACUUGAACAUAUGAGGAGCUCUUGGAUGAGCCAAGACGGUGGAUUCUUGAGAUGGAACCUACUCCUGGUGAAGACACUGUGAAGGUUGUUGAAAUAAUGCCAGAGGAUUUAGAACAUCACAUAAAUUUCAUUGACAAAGCAGCGGCAGUGUUUGAGAGGACUGACUGUGAUUUUGAAAGAACUUCCGUUGUGGGGAAAGUGUUAUCAAACUGCAGCCCAUGCUACAGAGAAAUCAUUCAUGAAAGGAAGAGUCCUUCGAUGUGGCAGACUUCACCAUCAUCAUAGUUUCAGAGAUUACCGCAGCCAGCACCCUGACCAGUCAGCCGCCACUGACAUUGAGGCAAGACCUUCCACUGACUCAUUAAAAGCUCAGAUGAUAGUAUUUUUCACGAUAAAAUAAUUUUUUCAAAAAAUUUAUGUGUUUGUUUAGAGAACACACACGAGCACGGUGAGGGCCAGAGGGAAGGG